CAGCCAUUUUCCCCUUUGUUCCCCAAUCUCAAAAAUCACACAAACCCUAGAAUUCUCCAACGAGCAAAAUCACCAUUCGCAAAAAUGGGUAAGCAACCAGUGAAAUUGAAGGCAGUAGUAUACGCAUUAUCGCCAUUUCAACAGAAAGUAAUGAGUGGUUUAUGGAAAGAUCUACCUGGUAAGAUCCAUCACAAAGUCUCCGAAAAUUGGAUUAGCGCUACUCUUUUGCUUGGUCCACUUGUCGGUGUUCACACGUACGUGCAGCAAUACCAGGAAAAGGAGAAGUUAGAACACAGAUACUAAAAGUUGUGUUCUUCAUCAUCUUUCUGGAGAUGAUUUCUAUUCCAUUUUUCAGUUUUCAACAGGAAAUAAGCUACUAUUGUUGCAAUUUUUGUAAUCUCUCUCAUUUUGGGGAAUUUUACUUGUAUGGUCCCUAUAAAUUACAGUUGAUUUUUGUUAUGGUUUUGUGAAAGUCUUGUGCAUCUUAAAAUUUAUCCAGAAAUGGAGUAAUGAAAAAUAAUUUGUAGAGUAAUACAUUUCUUUGACUUGCUGUAAGAUCCUAUGCACAAUGAAACUAUUUUCAUUCAUUUA